AUGUCCGAAAUAGCUCCCGACCUCAAGACUGCAGCACUCAGCAAGACUGACCCAGUUCCGGAGAUCUCGGCGAAAGAAGUCGAUGAAGAAGGAUGCCCGCAUCUUGUUCCAAUUCUGGGGCGCCACGUAUGGCGAACAGCCAAAGCCAUGAAGAUUGCUCUGCUCCCUCCGGCUGUCAACUGCAUUUCCCCGGGAACCACGCUGAACCCGCUCUCUGUGCUGAAACUAGUGCACUCCCUCUGGCCGCCUUUCUUUGGGUCCAGGAUCAGUGCCCACGCAUCGGGCGAGCGACAGCUUGACCAGCAGGGACGAUGGCAGGCAUCCUCUUUUCUGCCGACUGAUGGAUUCAAUGCAGCGGUGGAGGGGUUGGCCGUGAUUGCGAAACGAAGAAUAGGUCGUGCUACACCUAGCUCGAGCCCUCACACUCAAGUGCACAGGGCGCACAAUGCUCCGUCGUCAGCUUUCGCUCAACUGACGGUGUCUGGCUUCAGUGCUUGA